GUGUUCGCAGGAUCGUGCUUUUAUGACUGCCUCCAUAAGUCGGAAGCCAUGGAUUUUGUGGAUUUUGCUUUUGAUAAUCACGAAGCUGCUUCGUGGAGGUGCGUUUGGCUCUAUGUUUGGGACAAGGCAAAGUCACGCUGCGCUGCGGAAGCGGACGCUGUGCUGCGCCGAGAUGACCGAAUGGGAUUUUGACCUAAGGAAUCUGGAAUCAGUACUGCCAGCUGCGCAUACAGCAUGGGGUCGCCUGUUUGAAGCCCAUGCCACGCAAAAGCUUGGCACCAAGUAUUCUCCGGUGCUCGAGGCCUUUUCGGUAGACUUCCUCGGUGUAGACUUCCUCGGUGUAGCAGAUGGAUAUGAAGCUUGGGAAGACUUUGCCAAAGACCACAUGACGCACAUGCACAACAGCACCUGCGCAACACUACAGGCACCACAUUUCCUGAUUGCAGAAAUCGGGCUAACAACCCAAACCUUGGUGAAAAAAAUGAAAGACAAUGCAACAUCCCUCAGAUUGAUGGAGACGUUCGUCAGCACCAUGCGAUCCAAGAACUUUAGUGCCGGAAAAUGCUUGGUUUAUGACGGGGCGGAUGCAGAAGACUUCACAAAGACCAACUUGGCAAGGCAAUUCUUGGACGAAGGGGGAAUCUUGAUCAAUAUUCCGUACCUAUCGGCAGACACGGUCCUGGCAAAAUUGAAUGAAACCACAAAGCUUCGAGAGGAAUUGGAGGCAUUGCGGGCAGACCUGGAGCACUACCUGGAGCUUUCAGGAGAGGAAUUGCAGGCAUUGCGGGCAGACCUGAAGCUUUCAGGCACUACUGCCACACAGACCAAAGCUGUUUGGGUGAGGCAGCUCCAGAAGGACGACAGUGGUGGCUUUGAGUUUGCUGGCAAUGCUUUCCCAAUUGACCCAGUGCCCCAAAACAUUGCAUAUUUAAAAAAUGCCAUCAAGAAGGACAAGCCAAACAAAGUCCAAUGCGAUGCGGAUGAGAUCGACAUUUUUAGCCAACAGCAGGAUGGAAAGUGGAUUAAGGAAAAUGAAGAAGCGCUAGUCAAUCGUGGCACGUCCAAGCCCGGCACUUGGUGUUUUGUUUUCAUCAAGUUGAACGAUAAUUAUUUGCUGAGUCUUUGUUUGCAACCCGUGAUCUUGCUUAGCUUUGAGGACAGACUGUUAUGGUUUCUUGAUACCAUCAACAUAGGACGUGCCUUUCUCAGCUUUCUCAACCGUUCUGGAGUUGCAUGGUCAGGAAGUGUUGCUUUGUUGCUUGUUGGAUGAGGUUCUCGAAUCCCAUUUGAGCACAAUGACUAUAGACAGCGUCAACAAUUACAUGAUUUUACCUUCACUUCGAAAACCAAACAGCAGAACGUUGGAUACAAAUAUGUUAUUUCUUCUCUGUUUGCUCCUGGAUACCUAGAAACUAUUCUUACUUCUCCCGUUUUGUUUAACCUCGAGAAAGUUAUGUGCAAAAAAGAUCAGAAAGAGCAGAAAGAGAUUCUUUGUUUUCUCGAGGGUUGACUUUUCAGGACAGUAAAUCACCCAAGAGGACUUGACGUGCAAAGUCUCAGCUCUCAAAAUGUUAUCUCUGCAAAGUCUUUGAGCUGCUUUCUGCUCACGCUUCGGCUGAAGUGGCUCAUUUUCAGAGCAGUCUUAACCGCAAAUCACAGCUGCCACAAGAAACCAACAGCGUACCUUUUUCAAUGAGCGUUCAAUGGUCGUACGAUGUUUUUCUGUCGAAACUGUGCUCUCGGCUUGAAAUUCAUAGGAGACAAGUCAGCAUUGAAACAUUUGGAGUUUUAACCUAAAUUGGAGAAUUUGAACACUUUUCUAAUCGUGUUCGCCAGAAAAUGUUUCUCGUUUUUCUGGUCUCUCGCAACGUUGUGAGACUUUGAAAGGUAUACACCGCAAAAGGGGCUCUUCAAGGGUGCAAAGCAUUCGGUGCUGGUAGGCGAUCCUGUUGUCCUUCGCUCCAGGAGCACCUUCCUCUUUCUUGACUCAUCGGAAAUCAUUUCAAGGGAAACCAACAGAGCGCAGAAGCUUGCUCUUGACACAGCGGGAGUUGAUCGUUUUUGAUGUUUUAUGAUGUUUUAUGUUUGCAGCACGACCACCAAGGCCGCUUCGCGCGAUUCUCAAUAGAGUAUGGCCUGAACAACGUCACAACGUCUGUUUGAAAAGGUGUCGCAGCUGAGUG